AGGUUAAUAAUAUAAUUAGCCCUUUAAUAAUGGCUCAUUUCGAUUCAGCUGUUGUCGGCUAGUAUGCUACGUGCUUCGAUUUAUUAAACGUAUAUGUAACGGGUGAGAUAAGCGCUAUGGAUCACGUGACCCUCAACUUGUCUCGAUUGAUUUCACCCACACAGCUGUUCGCUGCACGCUCGGUUUUGUCGGAAGCAGACGACACACAUUACCUAUGAUGAUUUCGUUUGUGUUUUUCCCGAAGUACGGACUUUCGUGAAGGCGUCACUAACGGGAUUUUCGGAUAGACUAAGGAAACAGGACAGGACAGGGUGGAAAAUUUAAUUUUUGUGAAUCGAGUAAAGAUGCCAGGGUUUGGACUAAUAUUUUUAAGCAAAUUAAGACGGCGAUGUUACUGUCUGCUGUGUCGACUUCCUAUGAGAGAUCCCGUGCAGAUCACGUCGUGUGGACACAGGUUCUGUGAUGUUUGUCUACAAGAGUAUUUAAGUGCUGGAAACUUCCAAUGUCCUGAAGAUGAUAACACGAUAGACUAUGCGAAGAUCUACCCCGACAGUGAACUUCAAACAGAAAUCAUGAACAGUCACAUACGGUGCAGGCAUUACAAAGAAGGAUGUCGAUGGGUUGACAAGCUGCAGAAUCUGCAGGCACACAUGGAUAUCUGUCGCUAUGAUGCUGUGCCAUGUCCAAAUCGGUGCUCUGCUAAGUUGUCCCCACUUUCUUUGGAAGACCAUCUGGAAUAUACUUGUUCUAAGAGGAAAACCAAGUGUGAAUUUUGCACCCAGGAAUUCAAUGCAGAAUAUUUUGAUAAUACACACUAUGGCAACUGCCCGAAGGAGGUCGUGUGGUGUGAAAACAAGUGUGGGGCGAAACUGGAAAGAAGGUAUUUGUCAAACCACAUGAAGAAUGAGUGCCACAAGAGAACGGUCAGCUGUAACUACUGUAGUAGAGAGUUUGUCCAGGAGACUCUGCAGACUCACCAGUACCAAUGUCCAAGAUUCCCGGUUGCCUGUCCAAAUCGAUGUGACCCGACAAAGAUACCUCGAGAAGAAAUGAACAUCCAUGUUCAGGAAAUAUGUCCGUCUGCCACUGUGUCUUGUCCUUUCAAAGAAGCCGGCUGUAAAUACAAGUUUAAUCCUUUGCAGAGCCCACGUUUCAACAUGGACCGUCACUUGGAGGAGUCGACCAAGGCACACCUCCAGUUCAUGUGUAACCUAGUCAAGAAGCAGCAGAACCAGAUCUCUCAGCUGUGCACAGCCGUCCACGCUGUCACGCACGUCACCGACGGGACCUUCAUCUGGAAGAUCUCCAACUACAAGGCCAAGUACAUAGAAGCCUGCUACAAAAACAACAUGAAGGAACUAAUCAGCCAGCCAUUUUACACGUCGCGGUUUGGCUACAAAGCAGCUCUGUCAGUGUUCCUCAAUGGAAAUGGGCAGGGUGAAGGGAAGUUUUUGUCGGCGUAUAUCAAACUGUUGCCAGGAGAAUAUGACAAUAUCCUGGAUUGGCCGUUCAUGCUGCCCGUUUCCUUCACGGUGUAUGACCAGUGCAGUGAUCCCGAUGUUCGAGCAAACAUCACGGAAAGCUUUGUGCCUGACCCAACAUGGAAGCAUUUUCAGAAACCCUGCAAAGACAUUGAGUCCCUGGGAUUCGGUUACCCAAAGUUUGUGUCGCAUGAUGUUCUGAAGACCAGAGACUACAUCAGGGAUGAUUCUAUCAUCAUCAAAGUUUGUGUGGACAACAAGAGGUUUAUCUUGCCAUGAGGAAGUGGUCACAAAGUCUUUAUGCAAACCAUCAAAUUAUCCUGUACAGCAACAAACAUAUUAUCUGUGCAGUCAAAUAAAUAUAUUACAACCCUGACAAUUAAAAAAAAUGGCUGCAGAAAAAAUAUGCUGUGGAAAAUAGUCUCCACAGCAGUUUUGUUGUUAAACAAAAUUACAUAAAAAUUGAAAGAUCCAUGGCAAAAUAAAUGUCAGAGAAAAUGUAAACCUCUGCGGCAAUCUCCACGGCAUUGUUGAUUGCUGGUUAAUUGGCAGGGCUGUAUUAUGACAUGUAGUUAAAUAUAUAUAGUAUGACAACAAGACGUAUUGUGACAUCAGGUGAAAAUACAACACGACACAAUCAAAAUCAGGGACAAGACAGUCUGAUGUUUACCCAUCCCAUCAGGACCAUGAUCCGGUGGAGGUACAAUCAAUUCACCGACACUAUUACUGUUGCUAUAGAGAACCAUUAGUGCUGGAAAGAAGAUGACCAUACCUUGUGAAGAAUGAAGCCAGUUACUGCCUUCAAAAGUGCAAUUCAUUUCAUAAUUAGUAAACCAUGUUGAUGGAGUAUUUGCAUAAAAUGCACCAACAUUGUCACAGGAUGUGUAGUAAUUCAAGUGAAUAUCAGUUGGUAGUGAAAAAUAUUGCACUAUAUGUAACUGAUUUCUGGAAUAUGGCAUAUUUAUAAUCAAUUUGGUGAACUGAUUUCUUAAAAUAUGGCGUUUAUAAAACUUGGUUGUCUGUGUGUAUAUAACAACAGGACUGACAUAAUAUUAACCUUUUGAUAUUCAUUUUAUUAUUUGCAUUUAAACUACUCAUCAUAUUGGCAGUAUUUCAGGUUUCUCAUUGUACUAUCAUCUAAGAACCAUUUGUCUCAUAAAUCAUUAGUGCUAACCAUUUAUAGACAAUAAUGAUGUGAUUUCAGCAUAUUACCUUUACGUACUCAGCUGGAUCCUAUUAAUUAAAGAGGAUCACAGAUUUCUGACUAUCGAAGAUGAUAUCUUCAUCCUUGUGUUUCUCUCUCUAUCUUAUUCAUCUCUCAUCACACUUAUUUCUUUUGUUCUCAGUGGCCACAGAUACAUUUAUUGUUGAACACUUUUAGUGUUGAAGUUUGUUAUAUAUACAUGUAUAUUCUAGUAAAAACAGUUUGUAAUGUUCUGAGGCCAAAUUCACUAAACAUCGUAAGUUUACGUCUGCGACUAGCAGUUAUACCGGGUAUACGUUUAAACUUGUUUGGCAUCUAUUUCACAUCAUUACGGAAGAUGGAGCAUUUUAAUGACAAAAGAAAAUGAAAUAUGUGAACUUAAAACUAAAUUGUUGUACUAGUAAUAAGAAUUGUGUUUUAGCCAUAGAUUUAUGUUUACGUGCAAAACUAGGCUUACGAUGUUUUGUGAAAUUGGACCCUGUUGUCUUGUUAAAUGUGUUUUGUUAUUGCCAAAGAACAUUAUUUAGUGGAGUUAAUUCUCAGCAUGUUAUUUUAAGAAUGGAGAUGGACUUCAUGACUGUCAUGACUAUAAAAAAUUGAAUGUAAUGGAUUAUUAAUUUAAUGUUUUAACUUUUCCCCUCAGUUAUUAACCUAAGAAAGUAUACAUAAUGUAUAAUGUGAUGGAAAGGGUUACUAGUAUUUCAUAUGCUUUAAAAAUGUGCAAUGACCAAGUAUGAAUGAUUAAAUAAAAUACUUGUAAUGUGAAAAUACACUCCUUGUAAUUUGAGUUUUCAGAAUUUGUUUUUUGGUGUUUUAUUAUUAUUUUAAAAAAUAAACAAACCAAGAAUGAUUUCAUUAUCAGUAUUAAUGCAUUGCUGGUUUUUAGUCGGAGUUAAAAACCUGACAUUAAUUGAAAUAUUUUUAUUGUGAGUGUACAUAACUUGAGUGUAUUUAUGAUUUACAUGUUAUUCUAGUCAUGUUAUUUGUGCAUUGUGAGAUUAGAAAGUUCACCAUUUCAUGUAGUUAUUUGGCAAGUAAACUAAAUUUUUCAAGAAAUUAUUUAGCUAAAUUUGUUUGUUUUUUAAUACCAUGGAUACUGGUGUAAAACAUUUCAAGAAUUCAAGUAAAUGUUGGUUAUCAUUAAUGGCUAUUAACCGUUUUAAUUUAGUAUUUACCAUAUGUAUUCUGCACAUCCUUUAAUAAGAAAGAAAUGGGACAAAGUUAUUUUUAAUGAUUUUAAUCCGUUUCGUUAUAAUCUAUAACUAUUUUGAUAAAUCAAUGUAAGUGGGUACCAGUAUAUUGUGGUCUUGUGUUUUAUUGCAUAGUAGAGUGGAGAGAUGUGUAUGUCAUGUCAUGCCUUUUGAAUUAAUUUCACUUUGUCUGUAUUGUACAGAUACAAUUUUGAAUAUAUAUGCGUGUAUAAUGAAACCUCUCAAAACUGGACAUUUGUCAUGGUCCCUUUUUAAAUAUCUGUGCAGAAGAGGACCUCUGUAAACCGGAUACCUCUUAAAACCAGAUUUUUUACUUGGUCCCAAGGGUGUCUGGUUUAGAGGAGUUUGAUUGUAUUUUGUCACAUUGAAUAUUCAUUUAUUUUGUCAAAUUGAUUGCAAAAUAUUUUUGUUUGAAUAUGUGCCAGUUACACUAGUUUGCUUGCAUCUCGCCACCUUUAACUGGACAGAUCUUGCUCUCAAACACUGUACAAGAAUUCACUAUUUACCGUAUCAAUAUAGAUUUCCAUCAAACAUAUUAAUUGGUGGCCAUGAAACUAAGGCUUAUCCCUACAUUAAACAGUAUGGCAGAUGCUAUCAUACAGUUUGAAUAAAAUCAGUCAUUAACCACUUGCUUAUUUGAAAAAUUGUUUGAGAUUUGAAUAUAGUUAUUCACACUUCAUAUUGCAGCACAUUAGUUAAUAUUGCAUAUAAAGAUACAUGUAUAAUAAUAUUUGCAAGCACAAAUUGGAUAAAAAUAACUGUGUUAUUUUAUGCAACUUUUGUUAUCUUUGGACCAUGAAAACAGCAAUACCUUUCAGAAUUCGAAUCCAUCAUUGGUUACAUACUUUACUAGCAUUCCCACAAAUUAAUCAGAAAAUCUGAUUUGAAACAAUUUUGGAUUGGAUUGUGUGUUAAGUGCUAAGAUUCUUUGCAGAUUUGUUUGAUUUCAUUCAUAUUUGCUCCUUCAGCUGUGUGUUGUAGACAAUAAAAGUAUGAUUACCAUAGGCUCAUAGCUACCCUAUGCACUUAAGUUGAUCUUAGAACUAAGAUCACUUCGUUGAACAGGGCCCUGUACUCUAUAUGGAAAUGUCUUAAAUGGCUCCAUAUAAUCUAAGUUGGGUGAGCAUUUAACCACUCCCCUCAAGUUUUUUUUAUGACAAGGUCUUCAAAAAUAUAUUUCUAUGAGCUUUGUUAUGACUCACACUGUAUGCUCCAAUGGCUGCAGUGAAACGUUUUUUAUGUGUUAAUAAUGUCAACAUUGCAGUGUUAAUCUGAACUUAAUCACCAUGAGUAUGUAAGAAUGUAUAUUUAUCUUGUAUAACAUAGGACCAAGUAUGUCUGUGUGACAUGUCGAUUGAUUAGGCUCGUAAUCUUAUUUCAUUUCAUGAUAUCUCUUAGACCAGUUUAGCCUACUAUACGUUUAUUUCAUUUUGUUUAUCUAUAGUCUCAUUUAGUCAUAAUUUGCAUUGAUGACCUAAACAGUUCACAAAUUAAUAAAACAGUAAUAAUGAUACAGUAAAGUACUCUAAUAACGAACCGGAAGGGACUAUGAUAGCUAGUUUGUUAUAGCAGUGGUUCGUUGUACACAUUUGUACAAGUUGGUUAUAAAUGUAUAGGGAGAUAAAAUGGGACUUUAUGAUCAGUUUCUUCUAUGCAGUAGUUUGUUCUAAGCAUGUUCGUUGUAAGUGUACUUUACUGUACAUGUACUGGUAGAAUAAUAAAUUUAAAAGAUGAUUAGAUAAAUUUGUUAGAUAUAUACACACAGUAGUUAUGAGAACUUAUUAACUGUAAUGAAGUAUUGGUUGUGCAAGUUACUUAUAUAAUUAUAUUAAGUAUUGAGGGCAUAAUUUGGAUGAGAAAAUUUUAAAAUGUCUAUUCACAUAAUUCAGUACUUUAAUAAAAUUUGGAUGUUUGAAUACUCAAUGGAAGUCAUUAAAUUAUUGUAAUGUGCCAAGUAUAUGACAUAAUUUAGCAUCAGUUCUAGAUUACAAAUACUUGUAAUAAAAGUAUAGGAUACCAGGCAUUUGCAUAAUUUGUUUGAAUCAUCUCAAGUGGAAUAUACACCUGUGUACUAAAUUACCAAUAUGUAUAAUGAGCAUCAUACGGUAUAUUUAGUUAACCAUCACAUUUGAACAGCUUAUCAACUCUGUAUAGAGGUUUUAUUGUUAAGCAUAUUUUCUACAUUUUGUGAAUUUUUUAAAGUAUGUAUUGUAUUAAUUCCAAGUUUGAAGAUGUAUCUGAAGUCCUAUUUAUUAGUGUUAUAAUUCUUUACCAUGUGUAAAUAAACAUUAACAUUUUC